AUGCAGGUGCUCUCUAUGUUUCCUGUCCCUCCUGCCCCUUGCUCCUCUGUCUCUGUCUACCAUUCCAAUGCCUGACUCUCCAUCCAUGCCACUCCCAUGGCUCAUGGCAUUGCAUGGCAUGGUGCUCUGCUACAGUAACACUCAAUGUACUAUGCCACUGUACCUACAUUCGUGAUGUGAUUCCUGGCCUGCUCAGAAGGCCAGCGGGCAUUGGCUGUACGUUAUGAACCAUGGUGCUUUACUGUAUCACCACCAACGGCCCUAGCAGUAGCAGUAGAAGCAGUAGCAGUAGCAGUAGCAGUAGCAGUAGCAGUAGCAGUAGCAGUAACAGCAUCGGUAGUAGCAACAGCAGCAGCAGCAGCAGCAGCAGCAGCAGCACCAGCACCAGCAGCACCAGGAGCACCAGCAGCACCAGCCCCAGCAGCCCCAGCAGCCCCAGCAGCCCCAGCAGCCCCAGCAGCAGCAACAGCAGCAACAGCAGCAACAGCAGCAGUAGUAGUAUCAUCACUUCUGGCAAACGACACUUCCAAUCUCGUCAGCCGUUGCAGGUUAAAGUCCCAACUCAACAUCCAAGAUCCUAGGAUAUAAAAUAGGGUACAAAAUCAACUAACGAUCCCCUA